AUGGCUUAUUUCCGGGUUGGGAUUCGGCGAAUUCCCCAAAUCCGGGCAUGUGUGCGGGCGGAAAUAAGAUUUUUCUUUUUCUCCUUGUAUCACCGAAUAUUUAUUUUAAAAGCCCUGGUAUCGUCCUCUUUAGAACUGAAUGUUACACCAUUAGCUACUACCCUUUGCCACAAGGUAACCGUAAGAAUGAACUAUAUCAAGAUACUGAAAUCCAAGGUUUUGGGUGAUGAUCCCGCAGAAAAGAUAAGCUCUGUCCUUCCUGUUUCCGAAUCCCAAUUCAGCUGCGAUCCUUCAGAGUGCCACACCUCUUUUAAAGAAUCAUGUUUCACUUUAAAGGGAGCCGAUGCAUCAGCCCCACUUUAUGAAUCGGCCAAGCCUGUGGAUUUACAUAUUCUUGUUUCCACGGGUAAAACAGACUGGGAGCACGAUGCGUUUGAGGAAAAAGGAACUAUUUUAAACCUCGUCAACAGAGAAAGCGGUAAAUUAGCGGAAACAUGUGGAAUCAACGUGAAAUCCAACGUCACAAAUGAUGCAUUGGACUUCUCCGAUCCAGACUCUUUAAGCCUGAACAAACUAAAAGUUUUGCUGCUACCUUGGUUUGUGUCGAUCAAUGGUAUAACGAAAGAUAAUAUUGAAGAGAUUUUUGACAUCAUUAAAACCAUCGUCAGUGACGAGAAUAACAAGGGAGCCGAGGCAGUUGUAUUGGAAGAGAAGUUGAAAAACAUGAACGGUGUAAAUGUUUCCAAAUGCUCAAACGGAUCUUAUGUUCUUCUAUGCUCACAUAGAACAAGAGACAAGCGGUGUGGAAUAACUGCACCAAUCAUGAAAAAGGAGUUUGAUUCUCAAUUGAGGGACAUAGAUUUAUAUAGAGAUCCCGGAGACGACCGGCCAGAUGGAGUGAAGGUUCUCUUUGUCAACCACGUCGGAGGCCAUAAGUUUGCCGCAAAUGUCUUGAUUUAUAAUAAACACGGAGAAUUUGUUUGGUUUGCAAGGUGCACCCCAUUGAACGUGAAGUUCAUGAUUGAAGAGACCGUCCUUGGGCAUAAAGUCAAUGCAGAACAUGUCAGAGCGUGUGCCCAUUUCCAAGAAAUCAAAUGGUGA